AUGGCAGAGACUACUUUUUCAUCCGAGGCACAGUGGCUGUCUCAAAUGGCUGACAUGAGACAGGCAAUCGCCGACUUAAACUUGCCACCAGUAAAAGAUGCCUCACAGAUAUAUGGAGCGGAGCUGGAGCUGGAGCUGGAUGAAGAUUUAAGCGAUGAAAUCGACGAUGAUAUUUGGGAUGUCGAAAGCGCUCUCGAUGACAGCCCGCCCAGCGAUGACUGGGAUGACACCACAAAUGGAUUCAAGACUCCUGAUCCCGUUGUCGAUGGAGUCGGCGACCGCUUAUGGUUGCGCAACAAAUGUGCUGCCUUUGCCCGCUCGAGGCCUGGUAUCGAUGCGUCCGAUCUCGAACAACAGAUAAGCGCUCUACUGGCCUCAGACAAUUCCGAUGAUGAGUUGCAGAUGUCGUUGGCGGAUAUUCUUGGGUAUGACGACUUGGACUUUCUCAUUGAACUCAUUUCGCAUCGCAAGGAGAUCCUGGCCGCUCCUCCUGCCACCACUCGUCAGACUGAUGGGCUUUUCGGACAGCUUCAGACUCGCAAAGAACGAGAAGCAAUGCUCACACGACAGGACUAUGAACACAAACAUGCCACUCUGGCUCCGGCUUACGACCGAUCUACACCUCAAUACCGACAUGUCUACAAGUCUGAUGCAGCGGCAUCGGGCAACAUGCUCGAUGUGUCUGGAAAGAAAUAUGCGUUGCCGGCGGGUAGCACGAGAAACGACUCUCCCAAGUACGAGGAAUAUUCCAUUCCGGCCACGAGGGUCGGUUCCCUCGCUGCAGGUCGGAGGCUAAUCACGGUCGACGAAAUGGACGGAUUGUGUCAGCGCACGUUCAGGGGAUACAAAAGUCUCAAUCGCAUGCAGAGUUUGCUGUAUCCUGUGGCUUACACCUCCUCUGAGAAUAUGCUUAUCUGUGCUCCCACCGGUGCUGGUAAGACAGAUGCUGCCAUGCUCACCAUCUUGCAAGCAAUUUCGAAGAAUGUCACACCCAAUCCUAUCGAAGAACCUGACGCUACAGAUUUCAUUGUCAUGGCGGACGACUUCAAGAUUGUAUAUGUGGCCCCCAUGAAAGCUCUUGCCGCCGAGGUCACGGAGAAGCUGGGCAAACGGCUGGCUUGGCUCGGGAUCCAAGCACGGGAGCUGACAGGCGAUAUGCAGCUGACGAAGCGAGAAAUUGCGGCCACUCAGAUCAUAGUAACCACUCCCGAGAAAUGGGAUGUCGUCACCCGGAAGAGCACUGGAGACCCCGAACUGGUCCAGAAGGUUCGUCUCCUAAUCAUUGAUGAAGUUCACAUGCUUCACGACGAACGCGGCGCGGUCAUUGAGUCUCUGGUCGCCAGGACUGAGAGACAAGUUGAAAGCACUCAAUCCUUGAUCAGGAUUGUUGGCCUGUCUGCCACCCUUCCCAACUACGUGGACGUCGCCGACUUUCUCAAAGUCAAUCGAGAUUCUGGUCUUUUCUAUUUCGAUGCCUCUUUCCGACCUGUACCUCUCGAGCAGCACUUCAUCGGAGUCAAAGGCAAAGCGGGAAGUAUAGCUCAACGAGAAAACCUGGAUUAUGUAACCUUUGAGAAAGUCAAGGAGCUCUUGAAGCAGGAUAAGCAAGUCAUGAUCUUUGUCCAUUCGCGGAAAGACACGGUCCUGGCUGCUCGAACCCUGUACACGAUGGCAGUCGACGAUGGCAGUGCAGACCUUUUUGCGCCAGAACCGAACAACCCGGCAUUUUUGAGAGCGAUGUCGGACUUGAAGACCACAAGAGGUCGUGAACUACGUGACAUUGUUCCCAAAGGAUUUGGUUGUCAUCAUGCUGGGAUGGCACGCUCGGACCGAAACUUUGUCGAAAGAAUCUUCUCCGAAGGCGCCGUCAAAGUUCUCUGCUGCACCGCCACGCUCGCUUGGGGGGUAAACUUGCCGGCAGCUGCCGUGGUCAUUAAAGGCACUCAGCUUUACAGUGCUGAAGCGGGAAAAUUUGUUGAUCUCGGCAUCUUGGAUGUGUUCCAGAUAUUGGGCCGUGCCGGUCGUCCGCAAUUUCAAGACAGUGGUAUCGGUUAUAUCUGUACGACACAGGACAAAUUACAGCACUAUCUGACGGCUGUAACUCAACAGAGACCGAUCGAAUCGAAAUUCUCCCAGAGAUUGGUCGAUAAUCUCAAUGCUGAAAUCAGUCUGGGGACAGUCACAUCUGUGCCAGAAGCGGUCACCUGGUUGGGCUACUCAUAUCUUUUCGUUCGCAUGAGGCGAAAUCCAGGAGCCUACGGCAUUGACUGGAAUGAAUAUCAAGACGAUCCUCAGCUGGGCCAACGUCGCCGGAAGCUUAUCGUCGAUGCCGCCAGAACCUUGCAUCGAAGCCAGAUGAUCAUUUUUAACGAAAGAACCGAUGAUCUUCGGGCUAAAGAUGUGGGUCGAAUCGCCAGUCAGUUCUAUGUGCUUCAGAGUAGUGUUGAGAUCUUCAACGCAAUGAUGCGGCCACGUGCGAGCGAGGCCGACGUUCUGAAGAUGAUCAGCAUGAGUGGCGAGUUCGACAAUAUUCAAUCCAGAGAAAGUGAAGCACAAGAGUUACAUCGACUUCGUCGGGAGUCGGUCCCCUGCGAGAUUGAGGAUCGAAAGAAUGGUCCACAAAGCUCGGAAGAUGAGAAGGAACGUAAAGUCAUGGAGAAUCAGGCGAAAACCAACAUCUUACUGCAGUCCUACAUAUCUCGAGCCAAGCUUGAAGAUUUUGCUUUGGCCUCCGACUUGGCCUAUGUGGCACAAAACUCGGCCCGAAUUUGUCGAGCCAUAUUCAUGAUAGCUCUGAACCGUGGUUGGGGUUAUCAAUGCCAGGUAUUGCUCUCGAUGUGCAAAGCCAUUGAAAAGCAGAUUUGGCCUUUCCAACACCCCUUCCAUCAAUUCGAUCUUCCCCUGCCUGUUUUGAAGAAUCUGGACGACAAAGCACCCUCUUCCAACAUCGAAAGUCUUCGUGAAAUGGAUCCCGCAGAAAUGGGAAAUCUCGUUCACAAUCAAAGGAUGGGAACCACGAUAUCACGACUACUGGAAAAUUUCCCCACGUUGUCAGUUGAUGCAGAGAUCGCUCCGCUCAACCGUGAUGUCCUUCGCAUGAGGCUUUACCUGUACCCUGAGUUUGUCUGGAAUGAUCGUCACCAUGGCACUUCGGAGUCGUACUGGGUGUGGGUGGAAAAUUCCGACACGUCGGAAAUAUAUCACCACGAGUAUUUCAUUCUCAGUCGAAAGAAGAUGAACGAUAAACACGAGCUUCAUUUCACCAUUCCUCUGGCUGAUCCCUUGCCGCCGCAGAUCUAUGUUCGAGUCAUCUCUGAUCGUUGGUUAGGGGCAGAGACAGUGCAUCCAGUCUCAUUUCAGCAUCUUAUUCGGCCCGACACCGAGAGUGUUUAUACGGACCUCCUCGAUCUCCAGCCGCUGCCGAUCACGGCUUUGAAGAAUCCCGUGCUAGAGGAAUUGUAUGGGCAGCGUUUUCAAUUCUUCAACCCCAUGCAGACCCAGAUCUUCCACACGCUUUAUCACACCGCCGACAAUGUCCUCCUGGGAUCACCCACCGGUUCUGGUAAGACUGUUGCCGCCGAGCUCGCCAUGUGGUGGGCGCGCCGUGAGAAGCCGGGAAGCAAAGUCGUGUACAUUGCUCCGAUGAAAGCACUGGUGCGUGAGAGAGUGCAAGACUGGCGCAAGCGACUCGCGGGGCCAACGGGCCUCAAGCUCGUCGAGCUGACAGGCGACAAUACCCCGGACACAAGAACGAUCCGUGACGCGGACAUUAUCAUUACCACUCCUGAGAAGUGGGACGGCAUAUCACGAUCAUGGCAGACCAGAUCUUAUGUGCGACAAGUUUCACUGGUGAUUAUCGACGAGAUUCAUCUCCUGGGGGGGGAUCGUGGUCCCAUUCUUGAAAUCAUCGUGUCUCGAAUGAAUUACAUUGCAUCACAGGCAGAGAGCGGUUCCAUUCGACUUGUUGGUAUGUCGACCGCCUGCGCUAACGCUACAGACCUGGCCAACUGGCUCGGAGUCCAGUCUGGAAACAAUCAAGGCCUGUUCAAUUUUCGGCACAGCGUUCGUCCCGUCCCACUGGAAAUCUACAUCGACGGCUUUCCAGAGCAACGGGGUUUCUGUCCCCUGAUGCAAAGCAUGAAUAGACCAACAUACCUGGCCAUUAAGAAUCACAGUCCUACGAAGCCGGUCAUUGUUUUCGUGGCAUCCAGAAGACAAACUCGUUUGACGGCCAAGGACCUCGUCAGCUUCUGCGGCAUGGAGGAAGAUCCAAGAAGAUUCUUACAUUUUGAUUCAGAAGAUGAUCUUCGGCACACACUCUCUGCGGUCCACGAUGAUGCCCUGAGGGAGGCAUUGAGUUUCGGAAUUGGUCUACACCAUGCCGGUCUCGUGGAAUCGGACCGAUCACUUGCCGAACAACUAUUUGCCGCGAACAAGAUCCAAAUCCUCGUUGCUACCUCGACCUUGGCUUGGGGAGUCAACCUGCCAGCUCAUCUUGUCGUCGUCAAGGGGACACAAUUUUUCGAUGCCAAAUUGGAAGGAUACAAGGACAUGGAUUUGACUGAUGUUCUCCAAAUGUUAGGUCGAGCCGGCAGACCGCAAUUCGACACAUCAGGUAUUGCUCGCAUCUUCACGCAAGAGUCGAAAAAGGCAUUUUACAAACAUUUCUUGCACACCGGGUUUCCCGUUGAAAGUUCACUGCACAAAGUCCUCGACAACCAUCUGGGCGCCGAAGUGUCCGCCGGAGUCAUCACCACGAAACAAGACGCGCUCGACUACUUGACUUGGACCUUCUUCUUCCGCCGUCUCCACAAGAAUCCGACGUAUUACGGCCUCGAGAUCUCUACCGAAGAACACCGAGAGAGUCAACUCGUCGCCAGACAGCUUGCCGCCGAUUACAUGAUCACCCUGGUCGACAAAUCACUCGAUGAUCUGGCGGAGAGCAGAUGUGUCCUCGUCCACGACAAUGGCGAUGUCGACAGCACAGCGUUCGGCCAAAUCAUGUCCUACUACUACCUCAGCCACUUGACGAUCCGCAAAUUCUUGUCCAAGGCGGCCAAAGCGCCUACCACGCGAUUCGCAGAUGUCCUGGCCUGGGUCAGCCUCGCGACCGAAUUCGAUGAACUCCCAGUCCGCCACAACGAAGACCUCGUCAAUGCCGAACUGAGUAAAAACCUUCCUCUGUCCACGACCAUGCUAGAAAAUCUGCCAAUGUGGGAUCCUCACGUCAAAGCCUUUCUGCUCAUGCAAGCCUUCAUGUCGAGAGUCGACCUGCCUAUUACCGACUACGUAGGCGAUCAAACUUCAGUCCUCGACCAGAGCAUUCGCAUCAUCCAGGCGGGAAUCGACGUGAUGACGGAAAUCAACAAAUUUGACGCGGUGGUUCAGAUGGUCCGACUGCUUCAGUCUGUCAAAUCGGCCCGCUGGCCCGACGAUUAUCCUCUCAGCAUAUUGCCUGGGGUCCACGAGGUUUUUGAUGCCACACUCGACGGCAAAGUUCCCAGGGAUCUGGUCACGACCGCGGUGCUAGCGAGCAGGCACGGCUCCAAGACCAUAGAUGGUCUGAUGAACGUGUUUGGGAUUGCGGCGCCCAGCACGCGUGCUCAGUUUGUCCAAGCCGCCAAUGCAUUGCCAGACAUCACGCUCACGGCCGCGGGUGAUACGGAUAAUCAUCUACAAGUGACGAUAAAGCGUGGGAAUCGAUCGCUAGACAAUGAAGCAAGGAUUUAUGCGCCAAGGUUCCCUAAGACGCAGACAGAAGGAUACUUUGUGCUCGCCCUUCCCCAUGGUGCAGGAUCUGGACAUGUGGGUGCGAAUCCGGACAUUCUAGCGCUGAAGAGGGCGAGCUGGCCGGUAUCGACGAGUAAGCUGGGCGCUGUAGGCACCGGGACCAAGACGACGGAGUUGAGUCAUGUCAAAUUGAAGAUUCCAGUCUCGGAAACUCUGGCCGAUGGCUUUGUGUCUGAGACUGAAGUGGGCGGAAAGGGAGAGGUGAAGGUUGACAUAGUAGUUUUCAGCGAUGCGUAUCCAGGGAUGGAAUGGCGUUUAGAGAAUGUGGUGGUGCCGAUUGCGAAACCGAAGGUUGUCGAGAUCGUGGAAGUCGACGUUGAUGAGAGUCUGCAGAAGAAGGGGAAAGAAGCAGGAGCUUGA